GUUCGCUUCUGUGUGCGUGUGGCGGCCCGGGCUGGAGCCUCUCGCGUCCAGGCCCUCCCCCUUGCCUGUCACCGCGUAGCUUGACUGGUCCCCGAAGAUGUCUGAGCGCAAGGACGAGGACGAGCAGGUCGUAUCGCUGCUCGAGGAGGCUCCGCGGCCGUCUGACGCCGCCGGGCUCUCGAGCUGCUCUCCGAGGAUUGUCACGGCUCUCUACUGCAGCACGAUGGCCAUCAACGGCGGGAUGGUCGGUGCGUUUGGUCCUUCGCUCGAGACCUUUCACCGCACGACCCAUCUGAGCCCCGGCCAACUCGGGACGGCGGUUCUCGCCAACCGGCUGGCCAAGCUCUUCGGCACGGUUCUGUGGGCGUGGUACGCCGAGCGCAUCUCCGCCUCGGCGGCGCGCGGCGCCCUGUCUGCUCCGCUGAUGCUGCGGCCGCACGCUGCCAUGGCUGUCGGCGCGGCCUAUAGGCUGGCGACGAGCGCCGCCUCGUGCGCCGUGAUCGGGUUCACAACGUCGGCGGACGCGCUCCGCUUCGUGGUCGCAGCCUCGGGCGUCCCGUACGGCUUCACAGACUCUGCCUGCAUCAUGCUCACGCUCUGGCUGUGGCGGUCCGACGCGGGGCGGCAGCGGGGCGCCGUCGCCGUCGUCAACGUCUUCUUCACGGGCGGCGCCUUCGUGACGCCAAUCCUGGUUGCCGCCUCGCUGCACUACCUCGAGGCAACCGUGUGGCCUGCCUUCCACACCCUCGCCGCCGCCGCAAUCCUCGCCGCCGCCGCCCUCUCUUGCACGCCCUCUCCGGCGCCGGAGCGGAAGAGCAGCGCCGCCUCGCGCUCCACCGCCGAGCUCGACGCAGUGAGCUCCGAGUCGGAGCCGUCCGAGCUGCUCCCCAAGGGGCAGAGCCGCGCCGGCGGCACGCCCGACGCGAGGGGGAAGCUGGGGGAGGAGGAGGCGGCUGGGCGGCGGCGCGAUCAGCCGCGCGGCGUGCAGGCCGGCGUGUGCGAGCACACGGCAGCCACGUGGCUGUCGCCGUACGGCGUGCGAUGGUGCGGGCUGGCAGACGAGCGGAUGGCGGUGAUGACCUCGAACUACUGGACAUCUAUGUCGGCCGGCCGCGUCGCUUGGGCGGUCGGUUCGAGUUUCGUCAAGUCGGCGUGGCCGGCGCGCACGAGCGAGGGCGCCCUGCUGGCCGCGGCCCUCAGCCUGGGCGUCGGCGUCUCCUCAAUCUUCCCCGCGCUCGUCUCCCUCCCCGCCGAGCUGCGCGUCGAGAUGACGCCGCAGCGGCUGGCGAUGCGCAUGUACUCGUCGUUUGGGCCGGCGCUCACCGGGAUGCAGGCCGUCGCCUUCACUGCGCUCGCCACGGCCUUCUUCGUCUUUCGAACGCCGCAGCCAAGCUACCGGCCGAUUCGGCCCGCUGAUGCUGUGUUUCAUUGAGAGCGUGCGGGCGAGGGCGCCGUCGCGCGCGCGGGAACGAUCGGGCGUGUGAAGCUCGCGAGGUGUUGCCGCACAUAAGAGGCUUCAUCAGUUCACCUCGACUCUUCCUUCGGCGUGCUAGACGGCGUGGCGGGGCGGGUCGCGAAGCGGGCAACACGUGAAAAAGCCGCGCGUAAGCCGUAUC